GCGGGCACCCACCCGCCGGGUAAGACGCACUAUUUAAGGCCGCCGGCCUCGAGCCGCCGCGCCGUCGGAGCAGGAGGGCCCCGCGCCUAGAGCGCACGGCUGGCUCGAGCGCCGCGGGCACCGUAUCUCGGCACGCACGGCCUCGCAGCCCGUCCCGGCUGCCGCCCAGCCUCCCGCACCCCUGCCGCCCGAACUGCGCCCCGAACCCGAGGAAGGUGCCAUGCGGAGCGCGCCGAGCCGGUGCGUGGUGGCCCGCGCCCUGAUCCUGGCCGGCCUCUGGCUGGCCGCAGCCGGGCUCCCCCUAGCCUUGUCCGACGCUGGGCCGCACGUGCACUACGGCUGGGGCGAGCCCAUCCGCCUGCGGCACCUGUACACCGCGGGCCCCCACGGCCUCUCGAGCUGCUUCCUGCGCGUCCGCGCUGACGGCGCCGUGGACUGCGCGCGGGGCCAGAGCGCGCACAGUUUGGUGGAGAUCAGGGCCGUCGCUCUGCGGACCGUGGCCAUCAAGGGCGUACACAGCGUCCGGUACCUCUGCAUGGGCGCCGACGGCAGGAUGCAAGGGCUGCCUCAGUACUCUGCCGAGGACUGCGCUUUUGAGGAGGAGAUCCGCCCUGAUGGCUACAACGUGUACCGGUCCAAGAGGCACCACCUGCCCAUCUCUCUGAGCAAUGCCAAGCAGAGGCAGCUCUACAAGGGGAGGGGCUUUCUGCCCCUGUCUCACUUCCUGCCCAUGCUGCCCAGGAGCCCAGUGGAACCCCGGGACCUCCAGGACCACCUGGAACCCGACAUGUUUCCUUCGCCCCUGGAAACAGACAGCAUGGACCCUUUUGGGAUCGCCACCAACGUGGGACUGGUGAAGAGUCCCAGCUUUCAGAAAUAGCUGAGGCUCUGGCCUCCCGCCUGCCCCUGAAGGCCAGGACCCCAAGCCUGUGGUGUUGGCAGAGUGGGC